GCCCUGAUCCUCUUCCGUACCUUAUAUCUCACAACUUCUCAAUUCAUUUGCAUUAGAAAAGCGAAGCACGGUUUAAUGCUACAAUUACAAAAACGUAAAUGAAUAUAUGGGCGCAUUGACUUAUGGGCGUGCUUUACGUGCUUUACGUGCUUUACAUGGGGCCCAGGAUUGUCAGGAAGCACUAUUCAGCAUAACACCGGCGGACGAAUGACGAAUUUACAAGGAGCCCCCGUUUGUUUUACAUUUAGACUAACUAUGUUGGCAUUGAUCUGCUUUGUUCUUUUAUGCACACCGUGUUAUUCUUCAGUGACGAAGAAUGACAGACCAAUUAUUGGUGUUCUGGCUCAAGAGGUUCGUAUACCUAAACUCAAUCAAGACUCUUACAUCGCUGCCUCUUAUGUAAAGUUCCUGGAGUCCGCAGGGGCGAGGGUCGUGCCUGUCAUGAUUGGUCAGACACCAGAGGAGUAUAAAACACUUUUCAACUCCAUAAACGGGAUCCUCUACCCGGGUGGAGCUGUCAGCCUCACCACGUCUGGUUAUGCAAGGGCUGCAAAAAUCUUUUAUGAUCUGGCCAUUGAAGCAAACCAGAAAGGAGACUAUUUCCCUGUGUGGGGAACCUGUCUUGGAUUUGAGCAGCUGACCGUUUUGACAAGUGGAAAAAACCUUCUAGUAAAUACCAACACAAGUGAUAUAGCACUGCACCUGGACUUCACUAACGAAACCGCAGACAGCCGGCUGUUUAAAGGCUUCCCCGCAGAGCUGAUGAAAGGUCUGGCAUCUGAGCCACUGACGGCGAACGUUCACAAGUGGAGUAUCUCAGUGUCGACUCAUGAGACAAAUGAGGAGCUAAACAAUUUCUACAAAGUUCUGUCCACAAAUACAGAUGGAAGAGUUGAGUUUGUGUCAACAAUGGAAGCUUAUGAUUAUCCAAUUUACGGGGUGCAGUGGCAUCCAGAGAAGAAUGCAUUUGAAUGGAGAAAGCCUUACAUCCCACACUCUCCUUCAGCGAUAAAGACCACCUUCUAUACGGCAGAAUUUUUUGUCAAUGAAGCCAGGAAGAACUUGCACAGAUUUAACUCAGAGGAGGAGGAGAGACAAGCCCUGAUUUACAACUACAGUCCCGUUUACACUCAGCUUGGUAGCAGCUUCGAACAAAACUAUUAUUUCUGAUUCAUGCGGAUGGCUGCUUGAAUUCGCUUCUCAGCCUCUGAUUGGCUGUCUCAAUCCCGUGACUUGUGAAUGUUUGCACAUGAUUUGCACUGCACACACUGCUUAACCUGUUACCAAAGAGGUUGUAGACUGUGAAUACAAUAGAUGUAACCUGUAUAAAAAAAGAUGAGCUUAUACUUUCCAUUUACUAUUUAUUCAAUGACUACGUGUAAUAUAAAAAGGAUCAAGUGAUGCGAUGAACUGAAAAAGGAAAUUAAAAUCCAACUCAGGCUUA